AUGCUGAGGAGACACGCAGCAUCGGCUUGAAAUGGCAGCGAGUAGUGUGGACGAAAUGGAGAGAACGUUGGAGAAGCAACAGCUGUGCUGGAAUGCGACCAAUAUGGGUGACCGUUCUGAUGAUAUGGAGCGGGAGGAUGAUUGUCAAGGAUCUGAAUGGUCUGUAGUGGAAAGACAGGAAGAAGAGAGAUCAUGAUACUGAAAUCAGUGGUGCGUCUAGUGUGGAAAGCAAAAAGAGGGUCAAGAGAGGAUGGGGAGGAAGCUAUGUAUCAGGACACCGACUCUGAUGUGGCUGAACAGAGAGACUGUGGAAAGGUCAAAGUGAAAUGGACACAAGAGGAGGAUGACAAUCUGAAAGCAUUGGUCCAAAGCCUGGGACCAAAUGACUGGAAACACAUAGCCAGUUUUUUACUGAAUCGCUCAGAACACCAGUGCCAGCACCGCUGGUUGAAGGUUCUGGAUCCAGAUCUGGUUAAAGGGCCCUGGACCAAAGAAGAGGACGAGAAGGUGAUACAACUGGUGAAAAGGUAUGGCAACAAGCAAUGGGCCAUAGUGGCUAAGCACCUGAAGGGCCGUGUGGGGAAGCAGUGCAGGGAACGCUGGCACAACCACCUCAACCCGGAUGUGAAGAAGUCGUCCUGGACUAAAGAGGAAGACCUCAUUAUCUACAAGGCCCACUGCAUGCUGGGAAACCGCUGGGCCGAGAUUGCCAAGCUCCUCCCCGGAAGGACAGAUAAUGCUGUGAAGAACCGCUGGAACUCAACCAUCAAGCGUAGGGUUGAGAUGGGCUUCUUUAGUGGGGUGGAUCCUACUCUGAAGCAUCAUCAGGUGGAAGCCGAGGAGGGCAUGGGCCACCACAGUAAAGAUCAGCAGAUGGACUAUGAUGGUUCUAUGGAGAGGGAUUCAGACCAAGACACUACACUGCUGGAGAAUACCAUUACAUCCACUGUGAGAGGCGGACCAAGGGAAGCAGGCUCCCACAAGGCUGUCUCUCCUCAACAGUCAAAGACACCCAAAAGUGAGCCAGACACCCCAGGACGUGAGCUGAAUACCAAUAGCUGGGUGGUGGACAGCUCAGGCUUCCUCUCUCCCAACGGCUCAAGCUUAAAGGAGGUGAUGGAUAUGGUGGAUGGGGACCUAGAUGGAUGGUGCAACAUGUCUGUCUUUGAUCUGCCUGAGGAGAGCCAGAGCCCAGAGCGGACCCAGUUCCGUCUGGAGGGCAGCACCCUGCAGGAGCUGAGCAAGGGCAACCGGGGAGAGCUGAUCCCCAUCUCCCCUGGAGGAAUCACUCCACCCUCCAUACUGACCCGCCGCAGCCGCCGUCGCAUCGCUCUGUCUCCUGACUCCAACUAUUCCAGGACCCCCAAGAGCACCCCGGUCAAGGUCCUGCCCUUCUCUCCCUCACAGUUCCUCAACAUGUGGACCAAACAGGACAACUUUGAACUGGAGAAUCCAUCCCUCACCUCUACCCCAGUCUGUAGUCAGAAGUCCACGGGUACCACACAACUACACCGCGAUAAGACUCCACUCACACAGAAGGAAAACUCUGUGUUUGCGUCCAAGCUGUACUCAAACUCGGUGUUCAUCACACCCAACCACAAGUCAAAUCUUGACAACACCCCGCGGACUCCAACUCCAUUCAAGAAUGCCAUGGAGAAGUAUGGUCCUCUGCAGCCUCUGCCUCAGACUCCGAACGAGGAGGACUUGAAAGAAGUCCUCUUGAAAGAGACUGGGAUUGAGCUGAUCGUGACGGAUGAGAGUCCACUUGAGCAAAGACGCAAGCAGGUGCAUCGACCUACAAUGAAGAAAGUGCGUAAAUCUCUGGCCUUGGAUGUCAUGGACCGCAAAGAGACGGUCACCUCCAGGCAUCAGUCCAUUAUGUUUUUGACCCAACCCUGUCCUAAGGCUGAGACGUCUCUCAACUCCUCGUCCUUUUGCAUGAAGAGAGAAUAUAAAAAGGAGAAUGUUCUGGAUCAGGGCUUCUGUUUAGGACCCAGAGAGAGUUGUGCAUAUUCCAACCCAGUGCCACCAACCCCAAUGUCCCAGGCAUGGGAAGCAGUGGUAUGUGGACAGACUAAGGACCAACUUAUAAUGACAGAGAAAGCAAGAUGUUACCUCCGCUCACUAAAAUCCCACGCUCCCAACCGGGCCCUCAUCCUGUCCUGAGCCUUCCCUCACUACCAAGUUCUCAUUUAUGCCGUGUUCACAUGCUAUCAGAGUUGGGGAAAUUCCUAUUUGUGUCUGGGAAGUUUCACUUAAACAACCCAAUGCCAGCAGCAUACCACCCUGCAUCCCACAGCUGGCUUGUAUCUGAAGCUAAGCAGGGUUAGUCCUGGUUGGUCCCUGGAUGGGAGACCAGAUGCUGCUGGAAGUGGUGUUUGGACGGCCAAUA